GUGAAUUACAGCACCAACAGCACCGGGCUCCUUCCAGCCUUCGGGCGCAUUCUCCACGGGGAGGUUGCGCUGCCGUCCGUCUUUCUGCACCGGCCACUCAGCUCUCCCCGUCCAGAUCAACACUUCUCUGUCUCACAGACAGGUGAGUACCUUCGGGUUCUUUAUCCUUGCUUUCUUUCUCCCCCCUUUCCCCCUCCCUGCUUCUGCUCUAGAAAAAGCAACUUGCUGAAGCUGAACUGAAGUCUCUCCACGCAACCUGAGUGCCAGUCCUUAUGUCUCUGAUCUUGCAGCCUGUCCUUCCAUGCACAGCUCCAGCAGCCAGAAUGGCAUGAUGCAAAGUUGCUUCUAACACCGCAGGGAACCGAGCCCUCCCGCAGACGUGGCAGUCACAGACGCCAAUGCCACCAGCACGACCCCCGAUGUGCCGGCCCUCAGCAUGUCUCAGCUCUCCUCGGCCCUGAAGCGCUAUGUGGACUCUCCUCGCUACUCUGACGCCUCCUCAUACGGCAAGGCCUCGACCGCUUACGGCAGCUAUGCCUCCUACUCCUCCAACCUCUCCUCCUCCUACCCGGACAAGGAGAAGGUCGGCUACAAGCCCGCCACGGCCGCCGGCUACCUGGCUUCUGCUCACCUGCGGACUUCUGCAGCUGCCACCUCGUCCUCGUCCUUGCACUAUGACGGUGGAGGGCGGCUGCUCCAGCGCCCCGACUCCGGCACCCAGCUGAGCCCCACCUACAGCCGGGUCCCGAUGAGGCCCCCCGGCAGCGGAGGACUGAGCGGGGGCUCCACCGGCUACUCCUUCAGCAGCGCCACCACCAGCGGCUACGGCGCCACCACCCUGGGCCGCAAGAAGUCCAGCAGCCACUCGGAUCUCGCGCGGGACCUCUCUGGCAUGCAGCUGUCGUCCGACCCGUACCGCACCGAGCCGUCCUCGUCCACCCGCGGGCCCUUCGUGGCCCGCACGCGCCAGGAGCUGUGCACUCUGCAGGGCCUCUACCAGUCAGCCAGGCACUCGGAUUACGUCAAGGACUACCUGGAGUCCUACGGCCGCAAGGGAGGACGCUCCCCGGCCCCCGGGUUUCACAGUGCCACCCCCGAGGUCAUCACCCCCACGCUGCGCCCCACCAGCCGCUGCUCGAUCCAGCAGUGGGAGCGGACGGACAGCCGGACAGACAUCCUGGGCAAAGACGUUCCGAAUUCCAAAACAGUGCAAGGCCUGACAGGUCUUCGAAACCUCGGAAACACCUGCUUCAUGAACUCCAUCCUGCAGUGCCUCAGUAACACCAAAGAGCUUCGGGACUACUGCCUGCAGAACCAGCACGUCCGUGACCUGAACAAUAACAGCCGCAUGCAGAUGGCGCUCAUGACAGAGUUUGCCAAGCUCAUACAGACUUUGUGGACAUCGUCCCCUAACGAAUCCGUGAGUCCUUCUGAAUUCAAGACACAGAUUCAAAGAUAUGCCCCCCGCUUCGUUGGUUACAACCAGCAGGACGCCCAGGAGUUCCUGCGGUUCCUCCUUGACGGCCUCCACAGUGAGGUGAACCGAGUGCUGGUGCGUCCCAAAGGCAGCAACGACAACUUGGACCACCUUGCUGACGAUGAAAAAGGCAGGCAAAUGUGGAUGAAAUACCUGGCUAGAGAAGACAGCCGGAUUGGAGAUCUUUUUGUGGGGCAGCUGAAGAGUUCACUGACCUGCAGUGUGUGCGGACACUGCUCUACAGCCUUCGACCCCUUCUGGGACCUGUCCCUGCCCAUUGCCAAGAAGAGCUACGGGGAGGUGAACCUGAUCGACUGCUUAAGGCUCUUCACCAAGGAGGACAUCCUGGACGGAGAUGAGAAGCCUACCUGUUGCCACUGCAAGGCCCGGACAAAGUGCAUGAAGAAGUUCAGCAUACAGAGGUUCCCCAAGAUCCUGGUGCUGCACCUGAAGCGUUUCUCCGAAGCCAGGAUGCGAUCCAGCAAACUCACCACAUUCGUCAAUUUCCCACUCAAGGACCUAGACCUGCGGGAAUUCGCUUCCCAAAGCUGCAAUCAUGCUGUUUACAACCUGUACGCUGUCUCCAAUCACAGUGGGACCACCAUGGGUGGUCACUACACAGCCUACUGCAAGAACCCCAUGUCUGGAGAAUGGCACGCCUUCAAUGACUCACGGGUCACACUGCUCUCCUCAAGUCACGUCCGGAGUAGUGACGCGUACCUGCUUUUCUACGAGUUGGCCAGCCCGUCAUCCCGAAUGUAGCUCCCACAGGCCCUCCCCCGCCCCAAAUCCUUGCCGAGGGAAGCAAGCUGAGGACCAGUUAGCUGAUGCGACCUCUGCGGGGCACAGGGGAGAUGCCACACCAUGGUGACUCAAGGGAUUUUUCUAAGCUGGGUUUUUCCUUUUUUUCUUAAAAAAAAAAACAAAAACCAAAAAAAGAGGGAGAAAGUCCUAAUAAAGCAUUGACUAAAGACGUCGACUUUUACGGGAAGCCCUUUCUCCGGCUUCAGGGCUCAAGACGAAGAGUGGUGCACCCGUCAGCCUCCUAGAUCCCCAGGAUGGAGCUCCGCGGUUGGAGGGCACUGUGCCCCACUGCUCGAAAGACCUCCUAGUGUUAUUGGGGGUGGUUUUUAAGCGUUCUCUCCCUCGCACUCAGACUCUCUUUUAUUCCCCUGCCCCCUUUCUCUUUCUUUUGGUGUGUAAUAAACCAUGAAUAGCAACUCUUGUGGGGCAGGAACCUGUCUGUCCCAUUUUAUCUGCAUAACCCCAAGGGACUGCCCUGUUUGGGGGGUAAAGCUGUGAUGGGAAGGAAUUUGAGUUGACUUGCCUGGGAUGGAGGCAUCCAAUCGUCCUCUUCAUCGACGCAAGACUCUCUGAGGUCCUCUUCUUCUCAUGGAGUGACACGCCACCUGGAGACGGCUGCUGAGCAUUGCAACUUGGACAAAGCGAGACCUCUGCAUCUCCCCACUUCUGCCCCCGCCGACCCUGCAUCCUCUGUCCAGAUGGUGGUGUGCGAUGGCAGGAAGUCCGUCUUCCAAACCAGCAAAUAAAACAGCUCAUUCGCCACCCUGGGUGUUUCCUCCGUUGACAUGCACUCAUGCUCAGUAACUUCCGGGGAGGACUGCUCCGUCACUUCAGAAAGCCUGUGCAGGCAUGCAAAAUCAUUUUCUGUGGGGACUGAGGAACUCAAGCAAUGGUUUCCCCCACCCUCUGUUUUGAGGGACUCUUAUUGGUUGAGUUUUGUUUUAUUUUCAAACAAAUGUUCUAAUAAACUCCGGUGCACUUCCAGCUGGGCUUUAUGGACUCCAGCAAAGGUGAUUGUACUCUGGGUGAAUUUCUACCUGUCUCUUCUCACGAUCGUGCCUUAAAACCAUCCGGAGGAAGUGUGAGGUGUUCUACUUGAGUGAAAGUGUUCCCUUUCCUGGGAUGGAGCAAGGGCCGUUCAGAAAUGCUUCAGGAAGUUCGCACUGUGUUUCCAGCAACACAGUUGCUUAGGUUUGUCUUUGGCUUUGAUUCUCCGAGGCAGCCAGCCCCAGCCGCGGGCCACCCGAGGACACGGGCUGUCCUGCCAGCGACACAGAGGGAAAGAACUGAGCUUUGAAACAAUGGCCUUUGAUCAGCCGGCAGAUGUCAGUAACUUUAUUUAACUUUUUCUCUUAUUUAUUCUGUAGAUACGUAGCUGCACAAACACUUUACAACCCAUGUUCAGAGUAUUAUGUACCUUGCAGGCAGAAACCCACAGAAGUUCUUUAACAGCUUCGUGGUGGGCUGAAGUUCAACAGGUGUGACCUUUUCUUCUUGCAUCAGUGCUGGACUGGGAAUGACCAGCACUUUGCGGGUGGGGGGGGUGCUUUUUGCUUUUUUAUCACAAAGCUGUUGAAGGCAUCAGGUCUUAGGAGAGGAGCAAGGCAGUCUAACCAUUCCACUGCACCCCUGUCUUGAAUCAGGUAGCAUGUUUAUGCCCAGCUGUGGGCGGAAUGAGUGUUGCUAUUAGCCAUGGAACUGAAAAUGGCUGGUAAUGCCAAAAGAACCUUCCCCCUCCCUUUCUUCUGUCAAACCCCUCUGUCGGGGCCACCCAGAGGCAUUCAGAAGGAAGCUUUUUCCCCUCCUCCUCCUCCUCCUCUUAGUCUCCUUCCCCCACCCCCCCAUUUCUACAUGGCUGACACAAAGGCCCCGAAAGGAGGGCAGCCAGCACAAGGGGCAACGUGAGGUGCGCAUGGUUCGUGUGAGAAGGCCUGGGUGUCGGUGUUUUGUAUUUCAGUUUGACUGUAUUUCAGUUUGACUUAAUGGCUUGUUUACUGUGUAAGCAAGGCUAAUGGAGGGACUUCCUAUCACUCAGAAGGGAGACUUGUACAGAAAUAAAACUUGAGCUCAUGAACACCUCA